AUGACGUCCAAGGCGAUGUGGGAGGUCGACCCGGAGACAAGGAGCAAACUCGCACAAAUAAGCAAGAAGGAGGGCGCCGGCAACGACAGGUGCUGCGACUGCGGCGCCCCUUCACCGCAAUGGGCCUCUCCCAAAUUUUCCACCUUCAUAUGCCUCCAAUGCGCCGGCACACACCGCGGGUUGGGCGUGCACGUGUCCUUUGUCCGGUCCGUGUCGAUGGACGCCUUCAAACAAGCCGAGAUCCUACGCAUGCAAUACGGCGGCAACAGAGCGUGGCAGAACUUUUUCAACAAGAUUUCGCCCAUUCCGUUCGACGAGUGCACCAUCAAAGAGCGCUACGACUGCGAGAUAGGCGAGGAGUGGAAAGAGCGGCUGACCGCGCAAGUCGAGGAGAGGGACUUCGAUAAAGCGGCGUUCCUGAAAGAGAGGCAAGCUAUAAAGGAGAAGCAGGCGAGUCGGUCGGCCACGCCGGCUGGAGUGAGGAAUACCAACAACACCAACAACCCAACAAGCGGUCCGGGCAGUCGGACGGCCUCGCCUGCGCCUGGCCGGCCGCCGGGCAUCUCAGCAGAGCAGAAGGCGCAGAACGAAGCGUACUUUGCCAAAAUGGGGGAAGCGAAUGCUUCAAGACCAGACGGUCUGCCACCGAGCCAGGGCGGCAAGUACGCCGGCUUUGGCAGCGCGCCGGUCGAGACGCAGCAGUCCUCUUCGUCGGGUGGUAGUAUCCCCAGUGCCGAUGAGUUUUCGAAAGACCCCGUGGCCGCGUUGACCAAGGGGUUCGGCUGGUUCAGCGCGACAGUAGGCAAACAGGCUAAGCUGGUGCACGAGUCAUAUAUCCAGCCAACUGCUAAGAAUUGGGGUGGGCAGCUUGCAAGUUCAGAUUUCGCGGCACAAGCACGCAAUGCCGCACUGACAGCGGGCAAGGGUCUGCAAACAGGCGCCAAAGGCGCGGCCGAGUCAUUCAACAAGUUCGUCGAAGGCCAGGACGACAAGGCCAGUGCUGCCGCCGCGGCGAGAGGCGGUGAGCCAGAACGCAAGGAUUUCUGGGAUAGUUUCGGUGCAGGCGCGUCCGGGGCGUCGUCCAAGUCGAACAGCAGCAUUGGCACGAGUGCCAUGAAGAAGACGCCGGCCUCAUCGCAGACGAAAUCCAAGGAUGAUGGGUGGGGUGAUGACUGGUGA